GUUUUCUGAUCCGUCGGUAUGGUUAGUUUUAUGUCUUCUGCUAACAACUAAGGUGACAAUUUUAUGAGUUAUAAGGUUUUAUAUAAUUUAUUAAUAUACAUCAAGCCAUAAUAUAAUAGACAUAGUACGAUACAUACGAUUAACAACUUUUCACACUCGAGCAAUGUUUUUCAAGAAAAUCUUGAUGCCUUGCGGGCUAUGUGCGAUACCUGUGGUAAAAUCAGCAAAAUCAGGAGAUAAAAUGUCAUCUUAUAAUAAUGAAGCAGGAGUCAAGAAACUAAUUCGACCAUCUGAACUACCUAUUUAUUCUUUUGAAGACGAUUAUUGUAAACAGAUCUCAUGCACAGAAUGUUCGCCUUCAGCUUUAGAGCAAAAUAUAUCGAAAAUUCGCAAGUCAAUUCAAGCAGUUAUAUCCGAGUACCAGCAUUAUACUGGCGUUGUCUCAGAUAACAUCAACAUUGGUUUUGAACACAGCAGAUCUCUUUUAGAUUAUCUUCGUGAGGAAAGUAAUGUUAUGCCACGAAUGGGUGCUAUCGCUAUUGGUGGAAUGGCUGGACUAGUACUUGGACUUAGAGGACGCAAAUUCAAGCGAAUAUUAUAUUCCAGCGCAGGUGCUCUCACUAUAGCAGCUAUUUGUUAUCCGAAAAAGGCAGAGGAAGGAUUCGACUUGACUAAACAUUAUGUGAACGUUGGCUACAACUUUAUUUAUGGUGUCAAACCGGGUGACAAUCGACAAUUACAAAUCACAAUACCAGAAAUGCCGAAAAUGCCAACAUCUUUUUCGGAAUUUGUUGAUUUAACGAUUGUCACAGGUUCAGCAAUGGCUACUGCUAUUGGUAGUUUUGCACAGAAUGCAUAUACAUCUUUAAGCGGUAACAAGGAGAAAAAUCAGUCGACAGCCAAGGUAGAGAUUAAACAAGAUUAGACGAUAAUAAUUUUGUCAAUAAUAAUAGUGUAUAAUACAGCAACAAAUGUAUAAAAAUUUUGUUAACACUUUGGAAAAA